CGUCAGAUGAUUAAUAUUCUAAUAAAAAAAUAUGUUGGGCUUUUCGUGGCCCGAAUUGAUGAUCGUAUCUGGUAGCUUUUUAUUCCUAGGUAUGUGAGCGUGAAUCAAUAUUCAAUUACUAAACGAUUAUAAAUUUCAUCUACACUUUGUGAACGACAAAGCGUUGCUGUCCAGCGAAUUGUUGAAGUGGUCCCACAUCUUUUCACGAAACUCUAUCAUCGAAGAAGAAUGUCAAUCGCCGAUCUUUUCAUUUGGAUAUGCAGCUCACAAUGGACCUCAUACCUGGAAGAUGUUUUAUCCAGAGAGUACUGGUUACAAUCAAUCACCGAUCAAUAUCACCAGGACCAUUGCGAUCGGGGAAUACGAUAAUAUAGAAUGGAUCGGUCACAAUACAGUACCCUGCUCAAUGAUCAUGGCAAACGAUGGAAAUUCUGGUACAAGUUUAUAAAUAUCCGAUUUUAUAUUCUAACGAAUCGCGAAACAAGGUAAUAUACCUUAAGGUAAAACUUAACGCGUUUAUAAUAGUUAUAGUCUGUGGUACUUGGUGUGGCCGUGUACAUCCCUUCAUCAAAGGAGGUCCUUUAACGGAUACAUACAAUUUUCAUUCGAUGAUGUUUCAUUGGGGUCCAUCGGAUAACGAAGGAAGCGAGCAUACAAUCAACCACGUCCGAUAUGCCAUGGAAUUGCAAUUCAUUCACGUUAAACGUGGCUUCUUUUCACCUCUCCAGGCGGUUUUAUUAGGCGCAAAGGACGGAGUAGUGAUCGUGUCCUCAUUCUUUAACAUAAUGCCUGUUGACAAUCCUUAUUUGGAUUGCAUAGUAACAAAUUUGAGAUACAUUACGCAACCCGGUAGCAAAGUGUAUAUACCACCUUUUCCUCUCUCAUGGCUACAUUAUACGGAAGGAAGGAAUUACUACGCCUAUCACGGUUCCUUGACUCAGCCACCCUGCAGCGAAAUUGUCACUUGGCUUAUCGAUCCUCUUCCAGUAGCAAUUUCCUCGAAUCAGGUAGAUGAGAGACUUUCUUCGUAAUUAAAAAAUGAGAAAGAGAAAAUAACGAGUUAGUCCCGUAGGUCGCACAAUUUAGAGAAAUCUGUUCGAGCGAUGGAUUGCUUCUAACGAAUUGCAGACCGGUUCAAUACUUGAAUGAACGUGACGUUUAUCAUUACGCGUAGCCUUCAGAGAUUUUUUUUUUAGUAAGAUAUUACUUUUAAUUAUACGUACCAACCUAGAUGACCUUUUACGUUUUAAUUCCUUUCAGACUGUCUUCC